AUGGGUGCCCAAGACGUUUUGUCCCGCAAGUCCGGUGUCAUCGUCGGUGACGAUGUGCUCGCCCUCUUCAAGUAUGCUCGGGAGCACCAGUUCGCCAUCCCCGCCAUCAACGUGACCUCCAGCUCGACUGUCGUCUCUGCUCUCGAGGGUGCUCGUGACGCCAAGUCCCCCAUCAUCCUGCAAACAUCCCAGGGUGGUGCCGCCUACUUCGCCGGUAAGGGCGUUGACAACAAGGACCAGACUGCCUCCAUUGCCGGUGGCAUCGCAGCAGCACACUUCAUCCGAGCCAUUGCUCCCACAUACGGCAUCCCCGUCGUCCUGCACACCGACCACUGCGCCAAGAAGCUUCUGCCAUGGCUCGACGGUCUGCUCGACGCCGACGAGAAGUACUUCAAGGAGCACGGCGAGCCCCUCUUCUCCUCUCACAUGAUCGACCUGUCCGAGGAGCCCGUCGACUACAACAUCCAGACCACCGCCGCCUACCUGAAGCGCGCUGCCCCCAUGAAGCAGUGGCUGGAGAUGGAGAUCGGCAUCACUGGUGGUGAGGAGGACGGUGUGAACAACGAGGACGUUGACAACAACUCGCUGUACACCCAGCCCGAGGACAUCCUGGCCAUCGUCAAGGCCCUCGAGCCCAUCAGCCCCUACUUCUCCAUUGCCGCUGGCUUCGGCAACGUCCACGGUGUGUACAAGCCUGGCAACGUCAAGCUGCACCCCGAGCUCCUGGGCAAGCACCAGGCGUACGUCAAGGAGCAGCUGUCCAAGAAGGAGGACAAGCCCGUCUUCUUCGUCUUCCACGGCGGCUCCGGCUCCAGCAAGGACGAGUACCUGCAGGCCAUCAAGCUGGGCGUGGUCAAGGUCAACCUGGACACCGACAUGCAGUUCGCCUACCUGUCCGGAAUCCGGGACUACGUCCUCAACAAGAAGGACUACCUCCUGACCACCGUCGGCAACCCCGACGGCGCCGACAAGCCCAACAAGAAGUACUUCGACCCCCGUGUCUGGGUGCGCGAGGGUGAGAAGACCAUGACCAAGCGUCUCGAGGUCGCCCUCAACGACUUCAACACCGAGAACAAGCUGUAA